AUGGUAAAUACACAUCUGAGGGUUCCAACAGCGGCGGCACGUUGCACAUUACUUUCAGAGUUAGCUUACUCAAAACGACUCGUUUAUACUAAGAGAAGCAAAGAUGCAUACCUCGAAAUCGCAUACCGCGAAGAAGACAAAAGAAAAACUUAUUAUGGCAAACCUGGGGGACCUGGUGGACCUGGAGGUCCGGGAGGACCUGGGGGACCAACAACAAAGCGACCAGGAUCUCCGGGCGGACCUGGGGGACCUGGAGGUCCCGGUGGUCCUGGUGGACCUGGUGGUCCUGGUGGUCCAGGAGGCCCAGGUGGUCCAACAAAGAAACCUGGAAAGCCUGCAAAAACCACAACCAAACCCCCAGGAACACCUGGUGGUCCUGGCGGUCCGGGGGGCCCUGGGGGACCAGGGGGUCCAGGAGGACCAGGAGGCCCUGGGGGUCCAGGAGGUCCAGGAGGUCCAAAUGGUCCUACAACUGCUCCUCCAGGAAAACCCGGAGGACCUGGAGGCCCCGGGGGACCAGGAGGACCAGGAGGUCCAGGCGGUCCUGGAGGCCCGAAAACGGCUCCACCUGGUCAACCAGGAGGCCCUGGAGGACCGGGUGGUCCUGGAGGCCCAGGAGGCCCUGGAGGACCGGGUGGACCUGGAGGUCCAGGAUGUGUCAUGCGCCCAGGAGCGAAAACAACGCCAAAAAGCGGCCCAACAAAGCCUGGAGGUGCAAAGCCAACAACCGGAAAGCCUUGUAUCACUAUUCCACCAGGCUUUACUGUCGUGAAGAAACCAACAACUAUUCCUACGCGGCCAGUCGGACCAUCUGGCCCCACAACAGGACCUGCUGCCACAACAGCGCCUAACAAAGUGUGCAAAGUAAAGAUGGACAUUGGCUUCGUAAUCGACGCAGCCGGCGGCCUUAAGAAAGUAUUCCACUACAUAAAGAAAUUCGUCUUGGAAUUGGUGGAUUCCUUUACUGUCUCCAGUCAGAAUGUCCGGAUUGGUUUAAUUACGAACUCUUAUCGCCCUGCAGUCAAGAUAAGCUUUGGUCAGUUUAACAAGCCGACCCAAAUAAAACGCAUCACCCGCCUGCUACAGCCCGACGGUGGAGCACGCCUAUCAGGAAAAGCGCUAACCCUUGCAUUAAAGCGGCUCUUUCCCGCUAGCAAGGGCAAGAAAACGUUGGUUUACCUAACUGCGGGUAAAUCGUCCGACCGAGUGCUUGGCCCAGUACAACAGCUUGUUGCUAUGGGAGUAAAUAUCUUCAGUAUCGGCGUUGGAACUAAUGCUGAUCUCAGUGAGAUUCUCACGGUAGCUAAAGAUCCUCAGCACUCGUACAAGACCAACUUUAGAGGCCUGGGAACUAUAGUGAAACGCAUUAAAGACAAAGCGUGUGCAGGUUGGUAUGCCUUUCCUGAUUUGAGAGGCAAUUUUGAAGGAGAAAUUAAGGAGUGUCAGCAGACAGUCUAUCAAAAAUGGGAAAACCUGUAG